GCUACACAUCUUUCAGCUCAUGCUCAACCUCUGCCCCUCGUGUUCAAGUUCUACACUUCGUGCUUGGCCUCUUCAGCUCAUGGCUGACCUCGACAGUAAGUGUUUGAGCUUUGCAGCUCGUGCUCAAGUUCUGCACUUCAUGCUCGACCUCAGCAGUCUCGUAGUUGACCUCGGCAGCUCUUGUUUGAGCUCUGCAAUUUGUGCUCGACCUCUGAAGCUCGUGGCUGACCUUGGCUGUAAGUGUUUGAACUCUGCAGCUCGUGCUCAAGUUCUGCACUUCGUGCUCGACCUUUGCAGCUCAUGCAUCCUGCACCUCAGACUUGUGCAUUUCCCAACUCGUGAUUCAGCAAUUAUCAUCUCAGACUUUUACAGUUCGCAGUUCGUACUCAAGCAAGAUGCUUGCAGCUCGUGCUCCAGCAUUUCGCAGCUCAUGCUCAAGCAAGAUGCUUGCAGCUCCUCAUUGUCGAGCUUGAUUGGUUUGCUGAGAAAGGCUAAAUGGUGUUGGACUACCUUGCUUCUACCGAGCUGGUGCAUUGCUUUGAGCUUUGCCGCUGCCGAGCUGGACUGCUUUGUUGCUGCUGAGCUGGACCGUUUGGUUGCUGCCGAGCUGGGCUACUCUGCUGCUGCCAUCAAGCUUGAGCUCAUAUUCUCACUGAGGACGCCACGUUUGUGAGAAAUUUGGUUUUUUUUUUUUUUUGAACUUUCAUGGUCCCGUGCUCUUCUUUUUUUUUUUUUUCUCUUUUUGUGGAUCCCACUAAGUUACCUUAAGCUUGUGUUUUGCCGACAUUUUUUUGCUUCUUGAACACUCAUGGCUGACAUUGUACUAUGCCU